AUGGCGUUGGGUGCUCGCUUCUCUGAUAAUCGGAUCUUUGUCGGCAUUGACAGGCGUCGAAGAGGGGACCAAUAUGCAGAACGCGCCAGGAAACUCCUUGAUCUCACGGAUAUCUCUGUGAGCACAAUCCAAGCAUGCAUCCUGCUUGGCACCGUGUGCUUCUCGGACUCUCAGACCAAGUCCGAGUCCUUGUACUACUCUGUUGCUGUUCGGUUGGCUCUGAUUCUCGAUUUGCCCAGCAAACAGUGUGCAGACCAGGUGGAGAGGCAGAUAAAUUUACGAAUAUGGUGGUCCCUAUACAUGAUCGACAUCUGGUCCUCAGCAGGCCUCAACCUCCCGCGACAGCUGGACUUCGUCGAAGCCUACCCCCUCCCCACCAGCGAAGAUAUCUUCCUCUCCUUACGAAGCGGCGCAACAGUAGCAGAGGACCGUCCAGGGCUAUGGUCUGAAAUGGUCAUUCUCGCUCGGAUCUGGGCGCGCAUCCACAAUCUGAACAAAGCCUCGGUCAACAGUUUGAUUGACUACGAGUCUCUCACCGAUGCCGCCGACGGACUCGCUCAGGAACUCCAUGACUGGUCGGCAAAUCUACAGCCUGAUUUGCAAGAGACCCCGGAGAACCUCGAGCGGUACAACGCGCUUGGUCUAGGUAACGCCUUUGCCGCCCUGCAUCUCGGAUAUCACUACUACAACGAGGUUCUCUUCUACCAAUUCCUCGCUCGAACCCCGGACCCCCAGUCGACGGCCCCCGUGACAGAAUCCUACCGGUCCCAGUGCGACGCACACGCCCUCGCCUUCUGCACCCUCCUCUACACCUGCCGCUCCACACCCACCCUAGCGCACCAAUGCCAAUACGUCAUGGUCGGGCACAUGCUCGUCGUAACAUCAACAGUGUAUAUCCACAUGCUUCUGUUUAGCGAAGACGAUGAAGCGAAAACACAGCUCGCGCGCCGCCGCCUCGCGCAGAACUUUGAGAUCCUCACCGAGCUCCAGACGUUCUGGGUUACGCUGGAUGUUGCGCUCUCGAGGCUGCAGGUGUUUCAUAAUGCGUGUAGACGGUCGAUUGAUGAGUCGUUUCGUAUGGAUCGGUGGAUGUUGGCGUUUAUUCUUGAGCACGGGAGUUUGGUUGUGGAGAGGCCGAUUGGUGAAUAUGGGGAGGGAGAGGGGGAUUCCCCGGGGACGUUGAGGAAUUGGUUUCUGCGGACCUUUGAUUGA